AAUUUGUGAUGCAGUUGCAAUAGCUAAAGAAAAAGGUGGCGUAAAGGAGUGCAAACAAAUGGAUAAUAUUUGGUUUACAUGUGGAUAAGACAAUGUAGCUGCAUCUGUUGUGAGUUGAAGCUGGGUGCAAGUAAACAAAAAUAGUGCGGUCAAGACACCCAUCAUAAAAAAGAUACUUCAUUUCUAAGGAAUGCGCUUUAUAUGUAAUACACCCUUGGAAGCAGGAGUUAUAUAUCCAGAUUAUUAGUUGUAGUGAUGGUGGUAUUUUUAAAUGAGAAACAUUCUUGGAAGUUUUUUGUUGUUUGGGGGUUUCCAAAUAGAUUUUAAAAAAUUGUUUUAAAAACUAUUGAUUUUGGAUUACUUUUUCUACAUGCCUACAAUAUUACUGUGUUCUUGUUCUGGAUCUAGAUUAAAUUUUCCUCUAACAGAAAUCAGUUCCUUCUCUCAAUGGAACAGAGUUUUCCUGCUUCCUCCUGCAGUCCAAAAUGCUGCUUCUGGGAAACCUGGCAUCCUCUAGAAUAGCACAUGAAGGGCAUAUUGGGAGCCUGCAGCAGGAAGGGGAAAUUGUUGGAAAUCACAUUUCCUCUUCUGAAAAAAGCUCUGACUCUCAAAAGCUUACACUCUGAAAAUUGUGAAGGUCUCUUAGGUGCUACUGGACUCAAAUCCUGCUAUUUUACUGCAGACCGACAUGGCUCCCCACCUAACAUUUCCUCUUCCAUUAGCGGAAAAUUUAGUCUGCAUCCAAUCCUAUAUGUAAAAAUGAUGUCCUAUACAAAACACCAAUUGGCUUCAUUCUUCUUAUCCUACACAUUUUGUUCUGUGCUCAUAUUUCUGCAGUAAUAAAUUGCUUUUCGCUUAUGUACUGUACCAUGAUAUCAUUACAGAGUUGGUAGCUUAGGUGUUGAAUUACACACUUUUUUUUCUUGCAGUGCGAUCGUAAGCAGGGAUAUCUCACUAUUCAAGAAAUACAUGAUUAAAUUUGUAGUUUCCAUUCCACUGAUUUCCCUUGUGAAUAACUUUUUGAAGUAUGGCCUAAAUGAACUUAAGUUGUGUUUCCGUGUACGACUCACCAAGUACCUUUAUGAUCAAUAUCUUCAGACUUACACUUACUACAAAAUGGGAAAUCUAGACAACAGAAUAGGUAAUCCUGAUCAGCUGCUCACACAAGAUGUAGAAAAGUUUUGUAACAGUAUAGUAGAUCUAUAUUCAAAUCUUAGCAAGCCAUUUUUGGAUAUUGUUCUCUAUAUCUUCAAGUUAACCAGUUCAAUAGGAGCUCAGGGUCCUACUAUCAUGAUGGCCUACUUGAUUGUUUCAGGGUUUUUCCUUACACAUUUAAGAAGACCCACUGGCAAGAUGACUGUCACAGAACAAAAAUAUGAAGGAGAGUACAGAUACGUCAAUUCUCGGCUCAUUACAAACAGUGAAGAAAUCGCUUUUUAUAAUGGGAAUCAAAGGGAGCAACAGACAAUUCACAAAACCUUCCGCAAACUGGUGGAGCACUUGCACAACUUCAUUUUGUUCCGGUUUACUAUGGGCUUUAUAGAUACCAUCGUUGCCAAAUACCUUGCUACAGUAGUUGGCUAUCUUGUUGUCAGCCGCCCUUUUUUGAACCUCACUCACCCUCGCCAUCUGAACAGUAGCCAUGCAGAACUUCUGGAAGAUUACUAUCAAAGCGGAAGAAUGUUACUGAGAAUGUCCCAAGCACUUGGCAGGAUAGUUCUGGCAGGUCGUGAAAUGACGCGAUUGGCUGGUUUCACAGCUCGAAUUACAGAAUUAAUGCAAGUACUGAAGGACUUGAACAGUGGCAAAUACAAGCGUACCAUGUUAGCACAAGAAAAGGAUUCAGAAAUAGUGCAAGCUGUCCCCUUGAUUCCUGGUGCUGGAAAAAUUGUCAUAGCAGAUAAGAUUAUCAAGUUUGAUCAUGUUCCAUUAGCAACACCGAAUGGUGAUAUAUUGAUUAAAGACCUUAACUUUGAGGUACGGUCAGGUGCCAAUGUUCUGAUUUGUGGGCCAAAUGGAUGUGGAAAGAGUUCACUGUUCCGUGUGCUCGGCGAGUUGUGGCCUCUGUUUGGUGGCUGUCUGACUAAACCUGAAAGAGGAAAACUGUUUUACGUACCUCAGAGACCAUAUAUGACCCUUGGAACACUAAGAGAUCAAGUAAUAUAUCCAGAUGCUGUAGAAGACCAGAAAAGAAAAGGCAUAUCUGACCAGGUGCUAAAGGAGUACUUGGACAAUGUUCAGCUGGGUCAGAUCCUAGAGCGUGAAGGAGGCUGGGAUAGUGUUCAGGACUGGAUGGACGUGCUCAGUGGAGGAGAAAAACAGAGGAUGGCAAUGGCCAGAUUGUUUUACCAUAAACCUCAGUUUGCAAUUCUGGACGAAUGUACAAGUGCUGUUAGUGUUGAUGUAGAAGGUUACAUCUACAGCCAUUGUCGGAAAGUUGGCAUCACUCUCUUCACUGUAUCUCAUAGGAAGUCCCUCUGGAAGCACCAUGAUUUCUACCUUCAUAUGGAUGGAAGAGGAAAUUACGAGUUCAAGAAGAUAACUGAAGACACAAUUGAAUUUGGUUCUUAAAAACACGCACAUGUUCACCUGCAAUAGUGACUGAUACAGAAAGACAAACUACAUUGUGACAUAACAGCUACUCUGCUUAUUCUGUAAACAGAUUUACUAGGAAUAGGAUAAUCUAAAACAAGAUGUUGAGGCAUUUACUGUAAUGUAGGAUAUUACUAAUUUGUGUAUAUGUUGGUUUAAUUAUUAAUAUGUAUUAAGAAUGCCCUUAUUCUUGUGGUUUUUUAAAACCUGCCUAAAUUAAAUUGGGCUUCAAUCACUUUAACUUUGAUUCAUCCUGGAUGUAAACAUUUUGAAGUCGGCUAAUUUGACUUCUACUUGACCUCUGUUUCCUCUGGGGGAGAACCUCUUAAAAUUUAGGGUCACUACCUCCUUGGUAGUGUAUGUGAGUUUCCAUGUCAUAUUCUGAUGUACUGAAUAUCAUGCUCUUUGAAGACUGGCUAUCAUACUGCAGAAUUGCUCAGGGCAAUGAGCCUUUCCUUUUUCCAAGGUUGUGGUGAAGCUCUGCUUGCAGCAGUACUGGGUUCAGGAAAGAAGCAAACCCAAUGUGUAUAUUUUUAUCUGCUGUUGGGGGUUGGGGUGUUCCUGUGCCCCAUUUUUUCUUCCCACUGCUGCUUUGGUCUGAUCCUUCCAUUUCUCUCAUUCAGCUUAGCUAAAAACAGCCAUUUCAGGCUUUGUUUCACUAUGGAAGCUAAAGAGAAAGGAAAGGUGAUGUUUUUUAAACAACAACAACAACGAUUUUAUGUUUCAGAAUUGAGACUGUAGCCUUCUUAUUUGGGAAUGGUUCGAUCCAUUUAACAGCUCUGGGAAGCUCUGCAAAAGUUUUUCACUUCUACAUAAAAUGUCAUAACCUGCCAUAUGAGAGUGAGAUUUGCUCACUGAAUAUUUUAAUUUCUUUUGAAUGUGUAUUACCUAAGGCAUAGCUGUUCAAAGUCUUUCAGAGUCGAUAAAGGAUUCUUUCCUUUCUCUUUUUCUUUUCAUGUUUGAUCAUUAUUACCAACUUAAUGAUUUGAUAACUAUUACCAACUUAAUGGUUAGCCAUACUGGAACAGUUUCCAAUAUGGUGUGAUGUAAUCACGCAUUUGAUGCAUGCCGGCUAGUCCACAUGUGGAAGAGAUUCUUUUUAUGAAGUAUUACUUUUCCAUGGAAGCAAUUAUUGUUGCCACAUAAUGAUACACAGGGUCGAUGCUUAGAGGUAGCAUUUUAGAUGGGGGGCUGAGAAGACGGUGGCUGGCUAGCUCGUCUGUAUGUCGGGAUGCCAUUCACCUUUAUAAAAACAGCUGAAAACCCACUACUACAAAAGUAGUAUAUAUGGGUGUAUGAUUUUUGCCUAAAUGAUGUAACACUGUAAUGCACUACAUGAAGGCAUGCACUACAUAUGCAAAUAAAUGUGAUCAGCGUCUUUCCCCCCUGUAAAGUCAGUAUUGGUUUUAGUGAUUUAUCAUUUUUGAGUAUCUCCCCUUUCAUAGUAAGAUUGCUACCUUUUUAAUUUUUCUAAACUUGAAACAGCUAAUAUUGUGGGUCCUCCAUCUACUGUUCCCAAGACAGUGCUUCAUUCCAACAUUAUAAAUGCCAUUGAUUUUAUUAAUGUGCUUUGUGCAAAAUAACCAUUUGAGAGCUGCAAUGGGGAAAUUAGGAGUACAGUUUAAAAACAAGUUACCUCUGAACUGAUUUCAUCUGUACAUCACACCAUGCUUUUUCAUAGCUGUAAAACUGGUCUUGGUUUUAAAGACAUUUAACAGAUGCAUUCUGGGAGAUUUUGUGCCAGCCUACGCACACGUACAGCAUCACAAUAUCAGACAUUUAGCCACUCUCAUGAGCAAGUUGGCUGGCACAGUUUCAUUCCAAAUGCUAAUCUAAUUUCAGAGGUAAUGUGGCUCAUAGCAGAUUGCCACGAUGCUACGGACAAUUUCCUUUUUCAUAUAACCUCUAUCUCAAGUUAACUGUCCUACAGUGACACUCUUAGAGAAGCUGGCUAUCUCAAAUACAAGUGUUUUUAAGGAACUGUUAUAAUUUUUUAGAGUGGAAAAAUGCUGCUUUUUAAAUAUUUAAAUAUUUGUAAUUUUUCCCCACUAAAAUUAAGUGGUAGUAGACUUGUUUUUUUUUAAGAAUGUUGUAUUUUUGUUAAUAACAAGGAGAAAGCAUUUAUAUAGCAUCAUUUGGAAAAGGCCCAGAAUCAUUGCAGUUCAAGACCCAGUGAUAAUACAGAACACAAAUCGUGUUAAUUCAAUUUAACUUGUUAAAAUAGUGCAGGUUAACUUCAGAAGUCAGUGAGAGAAGGGACGGGUUCACUGACUUCAACAUUUGACAGCAAAUUGAGAGACAACGGGUACGCUUAGGCCAGGCAAUUUGUAACAUCUCUAAUUGCAAUAUCUAUACUUACAUUGUGAGUGCACCAAAAUUGACUGACCCUGUAAGGCAAUAAGUAUGUGAAGACAAAAUAAACCAGAGCAGUACUCAAAUGGAGUAGUGUUUAAGAUCAUGCUAUUUAAUGAUGAAAUUUUGCAAAGGUGGUGCAGAGUGAUUUUUUAAAAAAUGGUUAAGCUAUGAAUUUCUGCUAUGGCCUUGUACAUUGGUUGCUAAUUCCAUGGUUGCUUAAACUGGAAAUCAUGGGUGGUGGGAAAGGUGGCAAAGAGUGAAGAAUCCCCAUAUCUCAUAUAGAACUUCAGCCUGGUGGUGUUCCGUAAUAGUUGCAAUGACUGCCAUUUCAACAGUGGGGAAGUAAUUGCUGUACUUUAGUAUAUUGUAGUUUGUAAAGUGCUUUUGGGAGGAAAGGCGCGAUAUAAAUGUAAGAUUUUUCUAUACAAGUGCCUCUGGAAUAAUAAAUCUGAGAUAACACC